GCCAGUUGAUGGUGACUUCCCAUCCUUUCCCACCCAGAUUCAUACUAUCGGCCCCGUCAACGACGACAAGCAAUGGCCUCGGGUACAUGCCAGUAGCUAUCUGUAAGGGAUAGCCCAUAAUAAGGAUUGGAAGCACUAUCAACCAUGCCAGAGUCCUCCAGCUUCGUUCCAACCUUCACCCAGGGUUUCAUCCUGGGACAGCUCACCUUAGCCGUGAUUAUCUUCGCGUUCAUCAAAUUCUUCAUCUUUGGAGAACCAUCCACAUCCGACAGCUUGCGACCAUCCCAUCGACCAUAUUCCUCCUCACAUUCGCGGACAUAUUCUCGAUCUGCCUCUGGAGGGGCGAACAAUACAUUGCGACACCGGCCGUCCACCACCUUUUCAACCCUACCCCCCAGCACCCCAUUAAUCCUCUCCAAAACGUAUUACAAUACGGCCUCUCACCCCCCAGAAUCGCUAGACUGGUUCAACGUCCUCGUUGCGCAGACGCUCGCACAGCUCCGUGCGGAUGCCCUUCAUGAAGGCGCUAUUGUUCGCAGUUUGGAGUCCGUGCUAAAUGGACCAUUGAAACCCAGCUGGGUCGGCGAUAUGCGGAUCACCGAAAUCGCCCUGGGCGAGGAAUUCCCCAUCUUCAGCAACUGUCGAGUGAUUCCGGUGGAGGAGGGCGAGAAUGGCCAUGUCGGAAUGGGGGUUAGCGCCGGCGAGGGGGCCAGAUUGCAGGCGCAGAUGGACGUGGACUUGGGCGAUGUGAUCACGCUUGGAGUAGAGACGACCGUGAGGUUGAACUAUCCAAAGCCCCUGAUUGCAGUCCUUCCAGUGGCGCUGGCCGUAUCUGUAGUGAGAUUCAGCGGGACGCUCUCUUUAUCACUUCCCUCGUCACCAACGCGGAACUCUACCGCGUUGACGUUCACCUUCCAUCCCAACUACACCCUUGCUCUUCGGACGUCUUCACUAGUUGGCUCUCGCGCUCGAUUGACGAACCUGCCAAAGCUGGCAGAGCUUAUCGAGGCCCAGGUGCGGCGAUGGUUCGAAGACCGCGUCGUCAGCCCACGGUUCCAACAGGUCGCGCUCCCGAGUCUCUGGCCCCGGAUGCGCAAUGCUAGGGGCGGCGAGCCUGACGACAGCGAUGACAGACAGUCGACAGCUCCCGAGGAGACGGCUCGCGAAAGCCGAAGCGACAGCAAGAUGCGUGGCCGAGAUCGAAGCAGAGGUCACAGGAGACCCUCAACCGCCCAAGGCGAGAACCACGCUGCCCCUGACCACGACCAUCUAAGGACAAGCAGUUCCGCCCGGGACCCCAAUGCCGACGACAUCGAGCACCGCGCGCCCGACGAGGGUCUCCGUCUCCGCGACUCGGAGGCUCGAAGCCGUGACGCUGACGAGGGUUUGCGGUUCCGAAGUGCGGGUUCUCGCAGCCGCGAAUCGGAGAUGCGGGCCACCACGGAUGGAUUUAAAAUCCCGGGUAGCAUGCCGGGAGGACUUGUUGGAUGA